CGCUCCACAGGACGUCAGGGUAAAUGUAAAGAGACAGGAGAUUGUUCUUACUGUGGCGCAUCAGCCGACCGGCGCCGAGCGACUCUCUAACAAACUGAGUCCGAGUUAAUCAGGAGCUGCGGCUCUGGAUUCUUCUGAAGGAGCUCAGCAGAGCGGAGUGCUGUGAGGCUGGUGCCCCCUCCACCCCCCUUGGCUCCCGGAGUCCCGCACUCUUCUUGGUUUGACAAAAUACAACCUGUCGGAGAUUACACGCCACCAUGGCCUGCCCUAAACUCAGAAUGAGCUCUAAAUCAUCUCAUCGCUGUUUGAUACCGGAGUUAAAAACAAGAAAAUAAUCAGAACGACAUCAAGCAGCACUGUAACAGCAGAGUCUGGCCGGAGCUGUCAGAACCACGCCUAUAGGGGCCCACAAUUGGUCCAGAAAGCGUAAAAUCAGCAAUCAAAGGGGCUUGGUUCAUUAGUGUUGGGGAUGGAGGCAGGAAGGACAUGUGAGAUAGUCACAGAUCUGCAGUGAACGGGGCCACAUCUCUCCAGUCAGUGUGGGAUGACUGAGAAACAGCUUAUUUCUCUGAGAGGCACACAGCGCAGCCGGGCUCUGCCGUCUACUGAAGCGCCACUUCUACUGAAGGACUCGGUGGAGGAACCAAAGGAAAAGCACAUCCACAGCAACUCUGGGCUAUUUUCUUCACCCUGGUAGCACGCUGUGUAUUUGACAAGGCGCUGCACUUUUCUGUACCGCUUUAGAGAAAUUAACUGCUCUCGAAGAGCGGACUUUCCGGCUCUGGGCUGGGGGGAGAUAUCAUUAAAAUAUCUAUUAUUUCACUUCGGUUUUUGUGGAUGCACCGAUGAGAGAUCCAGUUUUUACAGGGACUGCAAUGGCUUAUCACCCUUUCCACGCACACCGGCCGACCGAUUUCCCCAUGUCCGCCUUUCUAGCGGCCGCUCAGCCUUCCUUCUUCCCGGCGCUCAGCCUGCCUCCCGGUGCUCUCACUAAGCCGAUCACGGACCACGGCCUGGCAGGGGCGGCGGAGGCUGGGCUCCACCCGGCUCUUAGUCACCAUCAGGCGGCUCAUCUCCGCAGCAUGAAAAGCCUGGAGCCCGAGGAGGAAGUGGACGACGAUCCAAAAGUUACACUGGAAGCCAAGGAUCUUUGGGACCAGUUUCACAAACUCGGAACGGAGAUGGUUAUUACCAAGUCAGGAAGGAGGAUGUUCCCUCCGUUCAAAGUGCGAAUAAACGGACUCGAUAAAAAAGCCAAAUACAUCCUGCUGAUGGACAUCGUGGCGGCGGACGACUGCCGCUACAAGUUCCACAACUCUCGCUGGAUGGUGGCGGGCAAGGCCGACCCGGAGAUGCCCAAGAGGAUGUAUAUUCACCCGGACAGCCCGGCCACCGGCGAGCAGUGGAUGGCCAAGCCUGUUGCUUUCCAUAAACUCAAGUUGACCAACAACAUCUCGGACAAACACGGAUUUGUCCAGACGAUCCUGAACUCCAUGCACAAGUACCAGCCCAGGUUCCACAUAGUGCGGGCCAACGACAUCCUGAAGCUUCCUUACAGCACCUUCAGGACCUACGUGUUCCCCGAGACCGAGUUUGUAGCUGUGACAGCAUAUCAGAACGACAAGAUAACGCAGCUGAAGAUCGACAACAACCCUUUCGCCAAAGGUUUCAGAGACACGGGGAACGGAAGGAGGGAGAAAAGGAAGCAGCUGUCCAUGCCUUCGCUGCGGAUGUACGAGGACCAGUGCAAGGCGGACCGGGAGGGCGCGGACUCGGACGCCUCGUCCAGUGAACCUCCUGCCGUUAGGGACACUAUGCACUCCCCGCUGGGAGCAGGUACCAGCCCUCUGAGGUUCAGCAGGCCAAGUCGAGAUGAUAAAACAUGCACUGACAGCGAGCAAGAGCUGGAGCAUCCAGACGAGCGUUGCACGGGGUCCAACAGCCCGGGACCUGAACCCGUGUCCCCCUACAGCUCACGGUGUGAAGAGCGCAUGAGGGAAAAACCUAUUGCUGAGAAGAAGGAUGACUCUAUAUUCAGUAUAAGGAACCUCGAGAAGGACAAAGUGGAGAGCAGGCACAGGAAGGACACCACGGAUGUGUUAACAAAAGACUCAGAGGCUGGAGGCAUCAGUGCCACUAAGGACGCUUUCUCCCCUCUUGUAGUCCAGACUGAGAGCCCCUCACACUUCAGCCCAGGCCAUUUACAAAGCUUGGCACUGUCUGGCCUGCACAGCCAGCAGUUCUUUAACCCUCUGAAUGCCGGAUCGCCGCUGUUGUUUCACCCUGGGCAGUUUGCCAUGGCCCCUGGAGCCUUUUCUGCUAUGGGCAUGGGGCAUUUACUGGCCUCUGUAUCCGGAGCAACUGGUUUGGAAAAUGGCACCCUCUCCACCCAGGGCACAGGAGGAACUCCUAGCCCCUUCCCCUUCCAUCUGUCCCAGCACAUGCUUGCCUCUCAGGGCAUCCCUAUGCCUCCAUUUGGGGGUCUCUUCCCAUACCCUUACACCUACAUGGCAGCAGCUGCAGCAGCAGCCUCGGCCUCGGCCCUCCCAGCCACCAGCACAUCCAGUCCACUCUCCAGGAACCCCUUCCUGAGCUCGUCCAGGCCACGGCUCCGCUUCAACCCCUACCAGCUCCCAGUUUCACUGCCUCAGACCUCCAGCCUGCUCACUACUGGCCUGCAAGGUAGCAUCAACCCAGGUUCAGAAUCCUCCAAACCGGGCAGCAGGGAAACCAGCCCAGCACCAGAGCACCACAGCAAUCACAAGACAGGGGGCUCAAGUGGGAGGGCUGCAUCUCCCAAAACCUCCAUGAAAGACUCAGUGAAUGAACUGCAGAGCAUCCAGAGACUGGUGAGUGGCCUGGAGGGCCAAAGGGAACCCUCCCCAAAUACGGACUGUCCCAAGUGAUUAAGACUCUCUGAUUGGGAUGAAGACUUGGCUUGAAUACUAGAGGACUAUAAGUGCAUAUGUCCUGUACAGCACAUUACAGAGACUGGGAUGAUGGUAUGACUGAUGAGCAUAGAAGAAGGCCAAUUAUUAAUAUUUUUUGGAACGAAGCUGCAGGUAGACAGAAAUAUAGUCUAUAUAAUUAUAUUUAAUCUUUUUAAAUUCACAAGUAUUGAAAGUUUCCUUCAGAGCUGACCUGUUGGAAAGAGUAAAAAGCUUGUUGGACAACAUUUCCACCACCAUCAGACACCAAAGUCCUCCCUAAAAUCGCAGUGUUUUUAGGGUUUGCUUUUGAAGACCCACCAAAAAAAAAAAACAAAAAAAAAACAAACAAAAAAAACAAAAAAAAAAAACAACC